AUGAGACUGCCGCUGGUAGCCAGCCGUUCCACUUGUUCCAGUCGGCCUUAUAAAAGCUCUUGUCAAGUUGUUGGAUGUGUUAAAGAAAAUUCGUAUUUCAAACGUGUAGCAGCCACUGCCACGACCAGCCAGUCCAAGGCCAACAAAAGGAUUAAAGAGUGCAAAUAUUUACACAGAAAAGAUUCGAAAAAGAUAAUCCCCUCCGCAAUGUACCUGAAGCACUAUUGGCAUCAAUUGCUUUUGCUCUUGUUGGCAUUGCCGCCAAACAUUUUCGGCGGACCAGUUUCGAAUCCCGAAAUCAAUAGUAAAACGGUCAAGACAAAUAAUCUACAACAACAACAGCAGCACCAGCAACAACAUCACCACAAGCCAUCCGAUGCCCACUUGAAUACGCUGAGUAACAACAAUAACAACAACAACAACAACAACAACAAUGAAGAGUUUAAGCCAUCCUACAAACUGCCCGAUGUGGAGACCAAUUUUACCCCCAUACAAAAUGGCAACAGCAUUGCCCCGGAGAUUAUUGGGCCCAAUUUUAUGGGUUCCGCUGGUGGGGGUGGUCCCUCCCCCGUUUUAAUGCAAUAUUUACCCCAGACCAUUAAUGAUGGUGGGGUCCAAUAUUUACAGUUAAUGGUACCAAUUGGCCCCUAUUUGGGUCCCUCCUCCUCGGCGGCAUAUGGCCCGGCUCUCUCCGCUCCCACCCAUUCCUUUGACUACUCUUCGAGGCCAACCACCAUGCUAUCCGCGAUGCCAGUAAAUAUGCCACCACCAGCUCCCACCCCCCUGGUGGAGGUACCCUCACAACCCCUACCCGCCUAUGGUAUACAGUCGUAUGCAGCCCACUUGCAGCCUUAUAAGCAGAAUUAUCGCACCAAUCGUGAGACAAAAGAUCGCCAAACUUUGAAUGGUUUGAGUUUGAAUAUGAAUGAAUAUAUUCCCGUCCCCUCACCGCAGGGGCAACAACAGCCCCAGCCGAAUUUUACGCCCACACAGCAACACAUUCAACAGGUGAAAGGUAUGACCGAUGACAAUUACAAAUCUUUGGUGAUUUUACUGCUGACAAGCUCUAUGCUGUUGGUGAAUCUCCAUGCCACAGCGGCCAAUCAUCAUGCGUAUUCGUAUCAUCCAGAAGAGGCCAAAGAGGAUCUGCAUUUUUUGCCAAAAGAUAACAAUCAUGGCUUAGCCAAGCAAGCCAUUGCUGGCCAUGGUUUAUAUCAACAAUCACCUUCCGACAUCCAUUUGAAAAUUGGCACUCAACAAUAUCCACAAGAGAACACUGUGGAGCAUCAUUAUCAGCAUCCACAUAGGCCAGCGUACCAUUCACUGCACUACAAUAAUGUGGCACAGCAUUUGGAUAACGAAAACAAUGCUGCCGAUGAUGAUGAUGGCGAACUGGACAUUGUCUACCACCACACCAACAAACAGUCAAUGGAAUCCACACAACAAGAAAAACCCACUUUGCUGGAUCAGCUAAAGAGUCAGGCUCAAGAUUUGAGUGAAGGUUAUGCUACAUUUUUGCAAAUUCAAGAAAAUGACAGUUACACCGAUGACAAUUCGCCGCAGCAGCAGCAGAGGGAACAGCAACAACACCACUACCAUUACGGCAAGGAGCCGCAUCGUCAACAAGCUGCGGUUCAACUUGCAAAUCCUCAACAGUUGCACUAUCAAAAAUUACAACAACAACUACAUUUGUAUUACCAACAAUUGCAACAACAAGAAGAAGAAGAAGAACAACAACAACAACUCCAGCAACAACAUGCCUCGGUGCAUGGACAUUCAUUGCGGCAAGAAACCCAAAUUGCCUAUCAACAACAACAGCACAGGCAACCACAACAACAACAACAACCAUUGGCAACAACAUACAUUACUCCAAGCAUAGAGUCACCAAACAUAAAUCUGUCCCCACCACCAACAACCACCCCUCGGCCAUACACCACCAGCCCCCAGGCAACGGUGCAGCCAAACUUACACCACCAGAGGCAGCGUCAGCCUGCAAUUGUGUCACACGCAACUGGCAACGAAGCAUCACCCCAUCUCCAACGCCCUCCCCACCAAGCCAACAGCCGGCCACACUAUCAGCCAGGAACGGCACCGAAAUUUGGUAACCACAUAGCUCGCCAACCAGCCGUGGUUUAUGGCCCACCAUCACCGCCGCUCACUUUGUCACCACCAUUGGGACCCAGACAUUCUAAACAGGUGAUAUAUGCGCCAAUGCGUUUUGUAAACGAUAGGCAGUUACCCUACUCGGCGAAAACCUUUCCCUACCCGCCGUCCUUUAUAACCCUAACCACCACCGAAAGGCCCAUGGGACCAAAAUUAAUUAAUUAUCCUAACCACAAAUCGGCCUAUCAAAAGAUACCCGACUUCUUUGUCAAUCGAUCUUCCAAAUCUCUACUCGACUCAUACAUACCCAGUUGGCAGGUUGUGAAAAUGCUGGAGGAAUAUCGUCAGGGCCAACAGCGAAAUUCGAAUUUGCAGACCUUGGCCUUGCCCUACCACAGGAAUUUUAAGAGAAAUGCAGAUAAUGUGCAGGGAAAGGUGAAAUCUUAA